CGUAUGGUACGAAAUGGUAAAUGUUAUGUCCCCAUGUUUAACUCGGAUUCGUCCGUUUCAAAAAUCGUGUCGCUCACGACCUUGUGGAAGUGGCGAUGUCUCAAGAGGAGAUAUUCCGCAAGUACAUGUCCGAGUCGGCUCAAGCUCGCAAGAAGGCCCGAAACGCUCGACAUAGUACAGGGGGCAACAUGACAAUAAUUGAUAACGAGGUGUCCAUGAACCAGAUACAAGCAGGAUCACGUGCAGAUGAGGAGUAUGGGGAGGAUGCACCUCAGUUUAUCGCCCCUGUUGCAAGAUCGGGAAAUUCAAAGUGGAAGAAACCAUCAUCUAGCUUCACAACUGUGGGAUUCUCAAACAUUCCCACAGGCAGCAACCAGGGGGGCAACGGUGCUGCAGUUAAUUCCGGACGAGGUCGACAUGAUUCAGACUCCGACAACUCACCUCCCAGACUAAAUAAGAAGUCGUCAGAAAGUUCCAGCGGGUCAGAUUCAGAUGCUUCACCCCCACGAAAACGAACAUUCACAGAAGCUCCUAGAAAAUUCAGUGAAGAUCCACGAUCUUCAAAGAAAGAAAAGAAAUCAAAAAAGAAAUCAAAAAAGAGGAAAAAGGCAAAGGAGUCGUCCUCUGAUUCAGAUUCAUCAGACAGCGACGAGUCUCCUGACAGAAAAGGAGGACUACAAUCUGCAAAUCAACUUCUGGAGAAACUCGCAAAAAUGAAAGAAUUCGCUGAAAAGAAGCGCAGAGAAAUGGAAGGAGAGUUUAAGGUACCAGACGCUCCAGUGCGACGAGACAAACAAGGUAACAAAAUAGACAAAAUGUUAGAAGAAGCAAAGGAGAGUGCUGAGAACGAGGAGGAGAGGAUAAAGUUGGAGAAGUUCAUGAUGUACAGCAAAGGGUUAGUACAGACCAAAGAAGCAGCUGCCAAAAAAGCUGACAACCAAUACGAGAUGACCAAACCAAUGGCUCGAUACAAUGACGAUCAGGACUUAAACUCGCUCUUGAAACAGAAAGGAAGAGAUGAGGAUCCCAUGAACAAGUUCAUGGAAAAGAAGAAAAAGAAAAAGAGCAAGAAGAGUAAGAAGAAAAAGAAGAAGAAAAGUAAGAAGAGCAAGAAGAAGAAAUACGACAGUGAUAGUUCAGAGAGCAGUAGUAGCAGUAGCGACAGUGGUGGGGAUUACAGCGGUCCUCCUGCUCCCCCAAACAGAUUUGGCAUCUUGCCAGGACCCAAAUGGGACGGUGUGGACAGAUCCAACGGUUACGAGAAACUUCUGUUUAUGAAACAAGCUGAAAAACUGGCGAUGAAGCAAGAGUCAUAUAAGUACAGCACCGCGUACGAUCUGUGAACAUUACAGAGAGUGCCAUGAUGAACCGCUAAAUUAUAUAUAUGAGAAGGGACCGAGUUUCAUCUACAAAUAGAUAACUUGUUUUAAUUCAGGAUCACGGAUUCUUUUUAAUCGUAAAUGAAUUUUAUUUAUAUCCUAUAUUUGUUUGGAACCUCGUCCUUGACCAUGAAGGAUGGUGAAUGAGAUGAAAAGAUCAUUUUUUACUCGAUGCCAGUAUGUCUGGGUCAGAAAUUUGCGCUCAUGAUAUUAUGUCGCCUGCCAGUGUUUCUGUCGUUAGUUGCAAAAGGUCAUAUUUAUUUUGAAUAUGUAACUGUAACACCCUGUAACAGGUUUAAAAGUUUGAAACGAUUCCAUAAUUGUUUAAUGAUACUGAUCAUGAUAGGUAAAUUAUUCACACGUGAACAUAAUCACGUGACAAUGUUUCAGAUGUUUGAGAGCGAUCUUAGCGAGAUGAAGAAUAUUGCGAGCUCUUAUAAUGUUUAUAAUACAACGUUUCAUAUUUCAUUUCGAACCUUCGAAAA